AUGGUUUCAUCUCUAGUGUCCAUUAGCAGAGCUUCAUUUUGCACAGUUGUCAAUUUCUCCUUCAAUAAGGUACGCCCUAUUUUCCCUUUCAUUUCUAUCCUCAAAACCCUAAAACUAAAUCCUUCAUUCCCGACCCUCAGAAUCCUCUCCACCUCAGCUUUCUCUGAGAGUUUUCAGAGGUCAAGCCCUCAACCCUCCGAUCCUUCUUGGAGUUUUAAUCAAAUCCCAGACGAUCAGUGGAAGAACAAUGAUUUUGGAAAUCCCAGUACGAACAGUAAUUAUAAAGAUCAAAGUUAUGCAAAUAAUUAUAGUAUGAAUCGGGGUAAUCCGUAUCCUGGAGAUCCUAACCGGACCCCUAAUUUUCCCCCUCCUCAGAAUCAGAACUAUCGACCAGCGAGUGGUAACGUUAACCAGUGGAAUAAUGACAACCAAAAUAAUCGGUUCCCACAAAACCAAAACCCUAAUUUGAGCCAAAAUUAUCCUCGACAAGGUGGGUUUCAGAGUCAGGGUUCUCCCCAAAACUUUCGUCAGAGGCAGAAUUAUCCGCAGCCUGGAGGUGGAAAUCAUAAUCAGGGAUAUUUACAAAUGCAAAACCCCACUUCACAUGAUCAGAAUGCUGUGAAUAGUCAAGUUGUUGAUUUAUUGAGUCUGUGCCGAGAGGGUAAGGUUAAAGAAGUAAUUGAACACAUGGAGAAUGGGGUGCAAGCCGAUGCUGAGUGUUUUAGCUUGCUAUUUAGUUUGUGUGGGAAUUCGAAAAAAUUGGAGGAUGCAAAGAAAGUGCACGAUUACUUCUUGCGGUCGACCUUUAGGAGCGAUCUUCUGUUGAAUAAUCGGGUGCUUGACAUGUACUCGAAGUGUGGAAGUAUGACAGAUUCCCGGAGAGUUUUUGAUCACAUGCCUGAUCGGAAUAUGGAUUCCUGGCACUUGAUGAUUUAUGGGUAUGCAGCGAACGGGCUUGGUGACGAUGGGUUGGCUUUGUUUGAGCAGAUGAGAAAGUUGGGGUUACAGCCCAGUGGGGAAACUUUUCUUGCUGUUUUAGAGGCCUGUGCUAGUGCUGAAGCAAAAAAAAAUGAUCGUCUCCUCAAUGGCGCAACUAUAAGACUUAUUCAUCUGAAAUGUUACAAGUGA